AUCACGAAUCACAACACACAAUUCAAUUGACCAUAGCGUCUUCAUUCAAACCUAUCCCAUCACAACACAAUGACUCACUCAAUCACCACGUUCAUGGUUCUCAUAUCCAUCCUGGCUCUAGCCAAUGCAUCCAACCUCUACCCUCAGUUCUAUGACCGCUCCUGCCCACAAGCUAAAAACAUCGUCAGGUCUGUUGUCACAAAAGCUGUCGCAAAAGAGGCUCGCAUGGCUGCUUCUUUGCUCAGACUCCAUUUCCACGAUUGUUUCGUCAAGGGUUGUGAUGCUUCGAUAUUUCUGGACAACAGUGGAAGCAUAAUUAGCGAGAAGGGGUCAGUCCCAAACCGCAAGUCAGCUCGUGGGUUUGAAGUAGUUGACCAAAUCAAAGCCGCAUUGGAGAAGGCAUGCCCUCAGACUGUCUCCUGUGCCGAUGCCUUGGCUUUGGCAGCAAGAGACUCGACUGUUCUGGCUGGUGGACCAAAUUGGGAAGUGCCAUUGGGGAGAAGGGAUUCAUUAGGUGCAAGCUUGAGUGGUUCCAACCAAAAUAUUCCAGCUCCAAACAACACUUUUCAGACCAUUCUCACCAAAUUUAAGCUCAAGGGUCUUGACAUUGUUGAUUUCGUAACCCUUUCAGGAAGCCACACCAUCGGAAAUGCAAGGUGCACCAGUUUCAGGCAAAGGCUAUACAAUAACACCGGCAAGGGGCAGCCGGACUUUUCGCUAGACCAAUCUUACGCCGCAAAACUGCGUCAAAACUGCCCGAGAUCCGGUGGCGAUCAGAACCUGUUUUUCUUGGAUCCUGUGUCACCGACGAAGUUUGAUAACAGUUACUACAAGAACUUGAUAGCUUCGAAGGGGCUUCUUAGCUCUGAUGAGAUAUUGUUUACUCAAAACCAGCAAACAAUGCAGUAUGUGAAGCAGUAUGCGGCAAAUCAAGAGCUUUUCUUUCAACAGUUUGCGAAGUCUAUGGUUAAAAUGGGAAACAUCACUCCGUUGACCGGUAAAAGUGGUGAAAUUAGGAAGAAUUGCAGGAAAGUCAACAGUUGAUAUAUCUCCUUUUGGUAUACAAGUUGAUUUUACAUCAUUUUGUGUGAUACGUUGUAUUUUAUGACUUCAAGUUCUAUCAAUGUACCCUGUCAUAUGACAAUUUUAUUUGACAUUAAGAGAUACUGUAUCUUUGUUUAGACUGAA